AUGGCUCUCUCCAAGGAGCUCGUCAAAGGCGUCGUGGAUGAAAUCUUGGCACUUCGCAUCGACUAUUUCACGAGAAACGUACCAACCUAUGCUGAUUGGAUCGUGGAGUUUCUCAAUGGCUACUUGCUGCCAAAGUAUCGAGAGGAGCAGAGCUUAUAG